AUGUGGGAAUAUUCCCCGUCCAUCGACUGGGCAAGUAAAAUGGUCAAACGUGUCAACGGCAUCAGGCUAGGCGAAUACAUCCAACGCCACAUCUUUCAACCUCUCGGAAUUAGGGACAUGACAUUCCGCCUUGAGAAACGUGAUGAUAUGCUAGGUCGCAUGGUUCAAUGCUACGAACGCUCCGAUGACGGGGAGCUCAAAAAGGGUCACUGGAGCAUGCGAUCAGGGGUGGCCGUUGAAGACUUCGGGGGUCGUGGGCUAUACGCUACAGUUCCUGAUUUGCUGAAGGUCUACAGUGCUGUACUGCGUCAAACAUUUCCGCCUACUGAGUCUUGA